CUGGAAAUGCUUUUUGUUUCGCUCGUACGAAUGACGAUGCGCCUUGACGCAAGUUCUUCAUUAUUCGCGGCUGCCAAUCAGAGCCCGCUUUCCGCGUUUCAUUCGAGCUUAUUACCCUUGGAGCCAUCGAUCUCGUCCCCGAGCCCUUCUUCUCUCCGAUCCCAGUUGCGAUUUCUCCAGCCCUUGAUCUCGUCCCCAAGCCCUUCUCCUCUUCGAUCCCAGUCGCGAUUUCUCCCAACCUGUCCGGUCGCGGUCCAAGGCGGAGAACCCUCGAUCAUUCGUCUUCUGAUCCGGUCGCGAUUUCUUCCAACCCGUCCCGGUCGCGAUUCCUUCAACUCUUGGCGACGAAGCUUUCCUACACUCGAACCGCAAGACCAUGGAAUACAAAUGGCUCGGGAUCGAAGCUUUUCUUACAGUCCUUCUCUUCUCAACACCUUCUCUGUCCACUGUGCGACAGUUCUUCCGUUUACACGCCCUCAAACCCUAGCGAAGCGGAGUGCGAGCGCUCUUCACCUGCAAUUCCGCCGCCGUCGGUGGCCGAUCAGGGCGGAGAAAGCUCCAUGAUGUCGCCGGAAAGCCCACCUCCGGAACCGCUCGUGAAGCUCGCUGAUAUACCCGGCCGUGGUCGCGCUCUCGUGGCUUCUCGCCACAUCAAUCCAGGCGAGAUUCUACUCACGGACUCCCCUCUGCUUCUCUAUCCCGCCGCCGCCGCCUCUUCCUCACGCCCAUCCACCUCACCCUUCUGCUUCCAUUGCUUCCGCUCCCUGCGCUCCGCCCCUCUCCCAUGUCCUUUCUGCCCCUCCGUUGUCUUCUGCACAAACCGCUGCCUAUCUGCCGCCCUCUCUUCAUGCCACCAUCCUUCCACUUGCCGUGCACUCGCUGCACUACCCCCCCUUUCCAAUCCCGACCUACACGCUCAGAUCUACUUCCUUCUUGCGGCCUCCAACCUCUCCUCAACCUCCCCUGCCAACUGCCUCCUAACCCUAGACGGUGGCGAUGCCAACCCAGUACAGCAGGAUGCUGUUUUCCUCCAUUCCCUGCUUGGUCCUCUCACCGGCUUCUCUCUACAAGCCAUAUCCAUGCUGAUUGCGAAGGAUAGAAGGAACGCUUUUGGUCUCAUGGAGCCGUUCAGGGAGGAGGAUGGUGGUGAGAGAAGGGUGAGGGCCUAUGGAAUUUACCCUAUUUCCUCCCUUUUUAACCACGAUUGUCUGCCCAAUGCUUGCCGUUUUGAUUAUCUUGAUCGCGAUGGAGAAGGCAAUACUCAGAUCACGGUGAGGGCAAUUCAUGACAUUCCGGCGGGCAGGGAGGUUUGUCUGAGCUAUUUUCCUGUAAAUUGGCGGUAUAAGGAAAGGCAGAAGAGGCUCAUAGAGGAUUAUGGAUUUCAUUGCAGCUGUGAUAGAUGUGAGGUGGAGAGAAAUUGGAAGGAUGAGGAUGAGGAAGAGGAAGGGGAGGAGGACAUGGAAGAGGAGGAUGGGGAUGGAAGGCUGGAGGGGAUGGAGGAGGAGAUUGGUGAUGGAGAUGAUGAUUUCCCCCAUGCUUAUUUCUUUGUCAGGUAUGUUUGCGAGCGAGAAAAUUGUGGUGGGACAAUGGCUCCCCUGCCUCCAUCACCAGAUGGUGCUCAAUCAAGUGUGAUUGAGUGCAAUGUGUGUGGCCGGUUAAGGAAGGAGGAUGGCUUUGGUGGAGAAGAUGAUGAUGGAGAUGGCAUGGCAGCUUAAUGCCUGAUGAGUCAACACCAUGGCUGAC